AUGGAGAGCUACUACAGCUUUCUGAAGGCGGGGUCUCAGCUGGAGAGCACCUUGCAGCAGGUGACCGUCCCCAUGAGUAUGAAGGAGGUGGGCGGCUAUAUAGAGAAGCAGGUGGCCUACUUAUCAGGUGGACGGGGGGAGGAGUCCAGCGUGGUCAUCACCCUCCCAGAAUGCUCUGCAUUCAGUGACAUUCCGGAGGAGGCGCUGGCCAAAGUGCUCACCUACCUCACGCUGAUCCCACGGCAGCGGCAGCCCGGUGUCAAGUUCAUCAUCAUUCUGGACCGGAGGCUGGACACAUGGAGCUCCAUCAAAACAGCCCUGGCCAGGAUUGCGGCCUCCUUUCCAGGGAGCCUCCACCUGGUCCUGGUGCUGCGGCCCACCAGCUUCUUCCAACGCACGGUCACCGACCUCGGCUUCCGCUUCAGCCAGGAGGACUUCAUGCUGAAAAUGCCGGUGGUGAUGCUGAGCUCCGUCACAGACCUGCUGCACUACGUGGAUGAGACCCAGCUGACAUCGGAGUUUGGCGGCACGUUAGAGUACAGCCACAGCGACUGGCUUGUCCUGCGCACGGCGAUCGAGAGCUUUGCGGUCACUGUGAAGGAGAUCGCUCAGAUGCUGCAGGCCUUCGGGACGGAGCUGGCGGAGACGGACCUGCCGGACGAGGGAAAGGCCAUCGAAUUCCUCCUCAUGUGUCAUACGGAGAAAUACAGGAAACUGAAGGACGAGAUCCGCUCGGUGAUGCGUGAGGGACAGCAGCUGCUGGGCAGCCUGGACGCUUCUGGGAUGCAGGAGAACUCCCGCAGGCAGUGGGACGUGAACCAGGACUGGGAGACGGUGCAGAGGCUGCUGGCUCAGCUGCGUGACAUGGAGACGGCGUUUGACGGCUUCUUCGACAAGCACCACCUGAAACUGCGCCAGUACCUGCAGCUGCUCAGAUACGAGCAGAGCUUCCGAGAGGUGGAGAACUCCCUGGGCAAGCUGUCUGCGCAGGAGCAGGGCUUGGCUGCAGCAGGGGCCUCUUUAGCGCAGACGGAGCAGCUCCUCAGAGACCUGGAGGGCCUGGACGACCGAGCGCAGGAGGAGAUCGGUCGGGCUCAGAUCACCAUCCUGCACGGACACCAGCUUGCCGCCAGCCACCACUACGCCCUGGUGCUGAUCGUACAGCGCUGCAACGAGCUGCGUCACCGCUGCGAUACCUUGAGCGCCGCCCUGCUGGACAAGCGUGCGAAGCUCAGCCGAGCUCGGGAGCUGCUGCUGCAGGUGGAGGAGGUGUGUCGCUGGUGUGAUGAGGGUGCCUACCUGCUGGCCAGCCAGGUGGUGGACAGGUUCCAGACCAAGGAGGGGGCCCAGGCCGCGCUGCAGGACAUCGAGAAGUUCCAGGCGGGAGCCCCACCCCCUUUGAACCCGGACGUCCUCGCCAUGGAGUUCGAGUCCAUCCUCAGCCCCCAGCUGCAGACGCUCAUCGAGGAAGCCCACAACAAGCUCACGGCCGUCCAGGGGCUCAUCCGGAACCGACAGGCCGGCCUCAAGAAACUGGCCGACAAGCAGGCGCGACCCGUCCAGCUGGUGGCGCCGCGCCCAGAGCACCCCCCCCGCGCAAAGUCUCCGCUCUUCUCCCCGAAACACGGCGUGGACCUGAAGUUCACCUUUGACCUCUCGCUUCCCGGUAAGAAGACAUCAAGGAGAAGUCCCACCUCCAGGAAGAUCGAGGUGAUGCACGACUACGAGGAGAACCGGAACAGCCUGUCCUACAGCCUGGAGGGGGAGGACAGCCCCGAUCUGCUCAAGCGUCACGUGAUGAAGGAGCUCAUCGAGACGGAGCGCGUCUACGUGGACGAGCUGCUCUCCGUGCUGCUGGGCUACCGGGCGGAGAUGGACAACCCGGCGCUUGUAGACCUCCUGCCCCCUGUCCUGCGCAGCAAGAAGGAAGUCCUGUUUGGGAACAUGCCGGAGAUCUACACUUUCCAUAGCAGGUUCUUCCUGCAUGACCUGGAGGGAUGUCUGGACAGCCCUGAGGGAGUGGGGGCCUGCUUCCUGCAGAGGAGGGAGCAGUUCCACGUGUACGAGCGCUACUGUCAGAACAAACCCCGCUCGGAGGCCCUGUGGAGACAGUGCUCUGACUCCGCCUUCUUCCAGGAGUGUCAGAGGAAGCUGGAGCACAAGCUCUCUUUGGACUCCUACCUGCUGAAGCCAGUGCAGCGGCUCACCAAAUACCAGCUGCUGCUCAAGGAGCUGCUGAAGUGCAGCGCGGGGUCGGAGGGGACCGCCGAGCUGCAGGCGGCGCUAGAUGCCAUGCUGGACCUCCUCAGAUCUGUUAAUGACUCGAUGCACCAGAUAGCCAUCACGGGCUAUGAGGGGGAGCUGAGCGACCUGGGCCGGGUGCUGAUGCAGGGUUCCUUCAGCGUGUGGCUGAGUCGCAAACGGGGCCCAACACGCAUGAAGGAGCUGGCGCGCUUCAAGCCCAUGCGGCGACACCUAUUCCUGCACGAGCACGCGCUGCUCUUCUGUAAGCGGCGCGAGGAUCACGGCGACAGCAGCGACAAGACUCCCUCCUACAGCUUCAAACAUUGCCUCAAGAUGAGUGCGGUCGGCAUCACGGAGAACGUCAAAGGAGACGUGAAGAAGUUUGAGAUCUGGUACAGCGGCAGGGAGGAGGUGUACGUGGUGCAGGCCCCCUCGGUGGAGGUCAAGCUGGCCUGGCUCAACGAGAUCCGUAGGGUCCUCACCAACCAGCAGAGGCUGCUCACAGGCGAGUCCUGUACUCCGAGCCCCAUUUCGGACCAGGUCCAGCUGUCCCCGCCCAUGUCUGAUGGCACGUCGCACAGAGCGUCGCUCAGCUCAGAGGAACCCGAGUCGGGCUGCACCAGCCCCGUCCUGUUGGACCCGACCGCCUCACCGUCCCCGCCCUCCCCCGUGCACCAGCGCCAUCGGCGAAGUUGGCCCGGAGCCUCGCCGUCGGGGGACGUCAGCGAUGACCUGGAGGCGUGGAGCGCAGCUAAUGACCUCUCCCCCCUCUCCGACACUGAGGAGGAGGACGUGGCCCUGCUGGUCCCCGGAAGAUACAAGGUGCUGGUGGACUGUCAGAGGUGUGGAUCCGACAACCCGGUGGUGAUCAAGAGUGGCGACGUCAUCCAGCUGCUGCGGGAAGACUCUGAGGGGCGGUGGGUGGUGAAGAAUCUGAGCCGCAGUGUGGAGGGUCGCAUCCCCGCCGCUUUCCUGCAUGUGGUCCUGGGUCUCACCCCCACGGGGCACUACAGCAGGCUGGCAGACCCAGGGAACGUGAAGGCGAGGAAGCUCAGCUCUCCCUGAAGGCCCCCUGUCCGUCCUGCAGAGACGCGCCACAACGCCGAGCAGGGCCACCGCGCACAGCUCACCUGUAGGCCCCCUGCGGAGGCUCCGCCAUACCUCUUAAGGAUGCCACGGCCGAGGAAUAAAGAGAACGGAUCCACGAGGACGCGGCUCUGAUGCCGAAGGAGCUUCUCUGGUUCGAAAGUGCAAUGAAGGACAUGUUAAAACCAGAGCUCCUCGCUUGACCCCCAACCCUAAGUCCUCCUGCUUCUGUCGGGAAGGGGUUCAGCUGAUCGUUCGGAGAUGCCCGAUGGAGCUGGCAGGGGGUGUAUGGGAAAAGCUGGCUUUGCUGUCCCCCCAACAGGCGUAGGGGGUCCCCCUGAUCCUACCGUUCCCUCGACCUCUGACCUCUCUGCCAUCAUCAGCAACACCAGGCUGCCUUCACCGAGCUGCUUCUGUCCAGUCUUCCUGUGCUGGUCUACAUGUCCCCGAGACCUGCCGGCGAGGGGCUUUCGAGGACAUCAACCAUCUGAGGACGUCACGUCGAUUUGCCGCGUCCACGUUGAGACGACGUCCUGCCGAAGGGAUGCGGCGUCCGCACCUGGACGCGUUGAAACCGCCCUCCAGCCGAGACCUUCACCACGCAGCCGACCCGUCACGUUAACUCACCGCAACGCGCUCGUCGGCUGCUUCGGGCGGCGUCUUUCCAUCACGUGUCUUCCUCCAGGAAACAUUCUCGUGUUUCUUUUUAAACAUUUCCGAGGGACUCGUUUUUCUCUCCUCUGCGUUCAUAGAUGAAGCGGUUUUCGCAGCGUAGAAAAGUCAGUCCUAAUUUCCUUAUCGACGCCAUUCUCGUCCUUUCACCGCAUCGCCCGACCGCUAGAAUAGGGUCGACUUCACACGGUAAACACGGCGUGCCGUACAAACUGCUUGUUCGAGAUGGGGGGACGGGGUUCUAAUGGGUCUUGGGGCCUCAACCGCGCAAGUGACACAAAAAGGCCACUCAUUCCUGCCCUUAGAAAACACAUUUUAAGGCUGAUUUAAAACAAAUUGACAACUUCCCUCUAUUUUUACUGCAAGAAAACAAUUAUGCAUGGGUGACUGCAAUAUUUACCGCAUUUUUCUACUGCUCAGUCCUUCC